CGCUGUGAUUCGAAAUUCCAUGAUCAAAUGCAUGAAUUGCAGCCUUCUGAAUUCUGAUCAGGAAAGUCGAGAACAAGUUGCAAACUUUGGUGGAAGAAUUGGGAGUCCGUUGGAUGUUGACCAACGGAUUUGAACAACAAUGAAGGAGUCGUUAGAUAGAUCAGAGUUGCGCAGAAUGCAAAGGGAGCAAGAGCGGGAACGACGCCGUAUAAGGGACAGGCAAAGAAGGCAGUCUAUGACCGUUGAACAGAGAGAACGACAUCUGGCUCGGCGUCGUAGGAACUAUCAACUUAGACGACUGAGAGCUGAGAAUGCUAAAGUUGAUUGCCAAUCUCAGCAAAUAAGCAACGAGCAUGAAGAAGCAGCAGCAGCAGCAGGAGGGAAUGAAGGGAAUGAUGACCAAGAAGUAACUCAGACUGAAAAGCUACGCGCCGAACGUCUGCAUUACUCUGAGUGCUUGGAAGCUGCAGCUUGUAAAUCGGCUAAUUUCACCAAACGGUUGCGUUUGAGUCAUAUACGGCGGCUUGCACGAUCCUUGAAUCAUUUAGGGGGUGAAGCUAUUGGUAACCACCAAAUUGUAGCAGACGUGAUUACAAAGGGUGAUGCUAAUAAUACUUCUUGUUUCCGAAUUGGAGAUUUUGAUUCUGGUAGGCUGCCACAUGGACUACGAUUGAAUCGUGUUAAACGUCUUGCACGGACAUUAAAUAUUGCUGCUCAUGAGACUUCUGUGAACUGCCCGAAAGGUACUAAAGAAAAAUGUGCAUUGGACCAGAAUGUGUCUGCGGAAGAGGUUCCAGUGACCGGUGAUGAUAAGCCUAAAUUUGGACAAACUAUCAGGGUCGGAGGAGAUGUUGAAGGACCCAACAUGGAUGGUAAUAAUCAGCUGCAAUUUCCAUAUAAUUAAAGCAUUGGAUAAACACCCCCUCAUGUACUAAUGUCAAGAGGUGAACUUUAACCACACACAAAGCAAUGGACUUUAUGUAGCUCAUCUCUACAGGUUUUUGACUGAAGACUAAAUGCAUGACAGAGAAAAGCUAACGGGAUGAGAAAAGCUUCUUGGAUUCAUAAAAUUUGCUGGCAAAGCUCUCUGAUUUCUUUGAAGAAUUACAUGUAACGGGAAGAGCAAAGAACUGGAACUACGGUUUACUGCUCUGCUGCUGGCAGAUUUGGAUUAGGAAAGAGAAAAUAUUCAUAAGGGCCUUGAAUGAAUAGGAUUAUACAUGUAGAUCAAAUUGUGGACGAAUUAAUUAUACAGAUUUACUUAUAAGAGAUUCUUUGUAGGGGGUUUUAUUUUGGUCUG